AUGCUCUCCCGCUUCGCUCAUCUACGAGCUCUUUCGCGAUCUCGCGUCCUGACUACACGCGCGAAUGGAUCUUCUCGAAUUCUAUCCUCCAAUGAGCGAUCAGCUUCAACGUCCCCGAUCUCUCAUGAGCUGCCAGUUGACUCUCUUCCUCGUUUUCCGACGCUCUCCACGCCCGGUGGCUUGCGCGCUCUAGACUAUGUCGGCACGCUCUCAUUUGCUCACACAGGCGCACUACUUGCAGCCACUUCUGGUAUGGACGCCUUGGGCACAUGCGUAGUGGGUACUAUCACCGCGGUUGGCGGCGGCACCAUUCGGGACGCCGUCAUCCUCAACGCGCGCCCAUUCUGGACCGAGGAGCCCGAGUAUUUGUAUCUUUGUCUACUCGCGAGUGGCUUGACAUUUGCGAUGUGGCCGCGUGAGAAAGAGGACAAUAGCGCGCUACAUUUCGUGACGGAUUCUGCGGGCGUUGCAGCUUUCGCGGUGAUCGGGGCCCAAAAUGGGGUACGCGCAGGUGUGCCAGCGAUUGUGAGCGUGGUGUGCGGGAUGGCGACAGCGACUUUUGGCGGGGCUGUUCGUGAUGUGCUGUGCAAUCGCAAGGUGAGAAUUUUGCACUCGCACGCCGAGGUGUAUGCCACAACGGCUGCGAUGGGGGCAAUAUCUUAUCUUGGAAUGAGACGAAUGGGUGCCGGAGUGAGAGCACGGGUCGGGACGGGUCUCGUGGUGGCGUUUGCGGGACGGUGCUUCGCGUGGAGAUAUGGGACGAGAUUGCCUGUGUGGCAGUCGCGUAGCGAGACAGCGUGACCAACGAGACUGUCAUGUGGACAAGCCUUUGUUUUGUGAUGUCCAUUCUGGUUGAGGGCCCGAAGUUCGUGGUGGCAUGAAGUUCGUGGUGGCAUGAAGUUCGUGGUGGCAUGAAGUUCGUGCCAGAACUCAGUGCCAGAACUCAGUGCCAGAACUCAGUGCCAGAACUCAGUGAGAGUACCAUACAUCUUAGUGGACAUGGGUGGAUGAUCACAGGUUGAUGGUAACCUUCAGUAGUGUGUGUGCAAUAGGUUUUGAGUGAAGAUGAUGGUCUCACUGUGCAGUGACGGCAGGUAA